AUGGAUCGCAUGGGCUUCAUCCCCGGCCCACAGGCCAAGGAGCAGAUCUUCAACGCCCAAGGCCACAUGUUCUUCUCGCGACAAACGGCGCUGGACUUCGCCGACGAGUUCAUCAUGAACGCCCCGGGCGGCGCCGGCAACCCGAACCUCUCAAUCCUCUACCAGACGAUGCUGGCGUGCAUCAGCGAGGGCGAGCAGGUCGACAUCUGGUUCGGCCUCAAGAACCCCGACCCCGCGGCGGGCCACGAGGAGUUCCCCUCGGGCGAGCUGGUGGGACAUUCGUGGGCGCUCGUGAGAACGGCCGACGGCAAGGAGCGACACCUGUGGGAGGUCGGCCGCAAGACCCCAGCCAUGGGCGACGCCUGGGCGGCGAGAGCGUACAACGCGUACUGUGAGGCCAUGGGGCGGUUCCUGGGGCGAGACGUGCCUGCGCCCGCGACCGUCGACCGCAGCGCUGGCGAGGUGCCAAAGGAGUUCAACGGCAAGCCCGUCAUCUCGCGAGCGCUGUCGCCGUCGAACCUCUACUACGCGUCGGGCCGCAUGUGGUACUUUGUGGACCUGUCGCCGCCAGGGGACCUCAACGAGCCGCCCAUCUUGUCGCGGCCGAUGCGAUCCUUUGACGCGCUGGCGCUGUCGGCGCUGAUGACCCUGGCGCUGGGGACCCCACCGGUCGUGUUUGGCGUGAGCAACACGAUGGAGACUCUGGGCAAGAUGCCCGCUGGAUACGUACGGACGACAUAUGAGGCGGACGAGAGGAUACAAAGGAAAGACGGCGAGAUCCUCCUGGUAAUGUAG